GUAUUUUUUUUUAAUGUUACCAGUAGUAACCAAUAGUUCCAUUCUGUCAUUCUGACUCUGAUCAAAUAAAUAUUAUUUUCCAUUUGAAAUUUGAAUCAUUCGACCGUUUGAAAUGUUGUAGUUUGAACGGAAGUAUCUUGACACAUUGUUUUAGAUUAUAAAGCUUAUCAUUAAGGAACGUUUAUGCAAGGUUGACGGCCUAACCAUUGUUUAUUAUCUAUGCGUACGGGAUACAGCAUCCCUGCAUAGUGGCGUCCGUGAUUAUUAUUAUUGCCGGCAAUCAGCAACCCUCUGCGGGAAUCGGUGCGGCAUGACUACUGUGAGUAGUGACAGUGAUUGCCCCUCGCAGAAGGCACAUCGACACAGUAUCGACGUCCUACUGAUAAUCGUUCGACCACGAUUUAAGACGUAAAAAUGGUUGAAUAUUCGGAUUUAGAAUUCAAAAAAAAGCUGAAGUUCUUAACAGUCUCUCAGAAAGCAAUUCAGUCAUUGUCUACAUGGUGCCUUGAACGACAUGAACAUUACAAAAGCAUAAUCACUAUCUGGUCAAAUACUAUUAAGAAGGUGAAGAUCAAGAAACGUUUGCUUUUGUUUUAUUUAGCCAACCAUAUAAUACAAUACAGUAAGAGACAGAAUUACAAGUUUGUUGAUAGAUGGAAAAUUGCUAUUCAAAAAGCCAUCCCUUAUGUCAGAGAUGAAGAAAUACUUUCUAAAAUUUUAAGAGUUAUUACAAUUUGGAAAGAACGACAUGUAUAUAAUCAUAGUUAUUUAGCUGAUUUAACUAGCUUAUUAUCUACACAAAAUCAGAAAUUAAAAUUAGCCGAUCCUGUACAAGGUUGUCAAGCAUGUUUCAAAAACGCUGAAAAAGUGAAACUUCUAAAGAAAAAAUUGAAAUCCUUGAUUGGUUUUAUGCCAACAGAUUGUCGACUGCUAUCACCUGAUAUUAAUCAGUCAUUGUCUGCAACAUCUUCUAUGUCUAUUGAAGAAUUAAACAUACAUAAUAUUAAUUAUGAUUCUGUAUUAAACUCUGAUAACAUUGAUAGCAUUAAUGAUACUAAUAUUGAUGUACCCACUACAAUAAUCAAUAAUAUUGAGUCAUAUAUUGCUCCUGAAGAUCAAGAAUUGUAUGACCCAGCUUCUGUGAGUAUUCCAGCAAUGGAAAUCGAAGAUCAACAAUCAUUAUCCAUCAAGUUUCCAGAUACUCCAUCACCGCCUCCAGAUGAGACUUUUACGAAUAACAAUAAUAAAAGUUCUUUAUAUUGUGCAAGUAGUUAUGAAGAUUAUGUACAUACGUCAAUGUCAUCUACCCAUCAAUUUAUAACUUCCAAGGUCUCUAUAAAUAUGGCACCUCAAACUAAUUCAUCAUCAAUUAUAAAUGAAAAUACUAAACCAGUUUCUCAUGUUCCACAAUCCGGUUGGAAUGUAACUGCACACAACGAGGAGUCAACAAAUGACACACCACCAUCAAAAUAUGGAGGUACAGGAUUAGAUCACUGUGCCUUAGCAUCAAAAAUAACAGAUAAAGAUGAAAUAGUUUCUCCAGAAAUGAUAACUAAAACUUCUGUUAUUGACCACAGAAACAUAAUUAGUUUGACACAUUCUUCUCAUAAUAGUUCACCAACGGUAUCUGAUAACAGAGCAUUUUCAAACAUUAUACCAGCGUCACAACUAGAUUUGCUUAUAGAAGCAACCAGUAAAUCACAAAAUAGUUUAGAUAAUUUAGAAAGUUUUGAUUUGGAAUUAAGUGACUAUGAUCAAAAAUAUCCUGUACCAUUACGCCCACCACUUCCACCACCAUUGCCACCACCAAUAAAACAACCACCACCAAUAAAACAACCACCGCCAUCGCCACCACCAAUAAAACCACCACUGCCAUCUUCAUCGCCACCACCAAUGAAACCACCAACGCCGCAAAUAAAACCACCAAUGCCACUACCUAUGUCUACAUUAACGCAACCGCCAUUGCCACCAAUACCACCACCAAUGAAACCACCACCGCCACCGAUAUUGCCACCGCCACUGCCACCACCAAUGAAACCAGCAACGCCACUACCUAUGUCUAAAUCAACGCAACCGCCAUUGCCACCAUCAUUACCACCAUUACCACCACCUUCAUCGCCACCACCAAUGAAACCACCACCGCCACCGCCACCACCAAUGAAACCACCACCGCCAACGUCCAUGCCAACAUCAACGCCACUACCUAUGCCUACAUCAACGCAACCCCCAUUUCCAUUACCAUUACCACCACCUAUGAAAUCACCAACGCUACUACCUAUGUGUACAUCAACGCAACUGCCUAUGUGUACAUCAACGCAACUGCCUAUGUGUACAUCAACGCAACUGCCAUUGCCACCACCAUUUCCACCACCAAUUAAACCACCACCGCCACCGCCUAUGCCAACAACAACGCCACCACCGCCAUCGUCUAUGCCAACAUCAACGUCACCGCCUUUGCAACCAACAAUACCACCAUCAACGCUUCCACCAAUGCCAACAUCAACACCACUGUCUUUUUACUUGCCUUUUAACUUGGUCCAUAAAAGUACUUCAGAUAUCACAUACCAGUUGAAACAAUCAUCCCAACCAUGGAUGAAAGAUGAACCCAGUUUAAAUAAAAUCCAGUCGAAUAUAGAACAACCUUCUCAAUGUUAUUCAACAUUUGUAUCUAAUCAACCUCAAAUUCAAUGGCCUAUAAAUGUUCAAGGAAUCAAAUCUCAAGAAGAUUUUACGCCAAAAUGGAUGGGAAGAAAAAUUAGUAAUUGGCCAGCAAGAGAUCCUAGAAUUUACAAUCGAAAUUCUAGACCAGCCGUUACAUUAAAUCAGGGAUCACGUAUUGGGCCCGAGGAAUCAGCCUUGAAAAUCCAAACCAAAAAAGGUUUUACGCCAAAAGAGGAGGAAGGAAUAAUUAAUUGGCCAUCAAGAGAUCCAAGAAUUUUCAAUCAAUAUUCUACACCUGCUGGUACAUUGAAUCAGGGACCACUUAUUUUCUCCGAGGAAUCAAACUUGAAUUGCAGAAAAAUUGAAGAACUGGCUCCAACGCCCAUAAAUAGAAAAUAAUCAAAACUUGUAAUUAAAUAGUAAUUGGAUGGUUUUAUUUUAUCUGUGAUGAAUGAAAUUUCAAACCUUAAUAUGUUAAGUAUUUUAAUAUCAACUGUAUUCUGUAUUUUACCUAAUUUAUAUGA